CAUCGGGCAGGACUCCGGGCAGAGGCACAUCGGGCAGGACUCCGGGCAGAGGCACAUCGGGCAGGACUCCGGGCAGAGGCACAUCGGGCAGGACUCCGGGCAGAGGCACAUCGGGCAGGACUCCGGGCAGAGGCACAUCGGCAGGACUCCGGGCAGCAGGCGGAUCGGCAGGCACCGGGCCCCCGGGCGGAGCGGCAGGCACCGGGCCCCCGGGCGGAGCGGCAGGCACCGGGCCCCCGGGCGGAGCGGCAGGCACCGGGCCCCCCGGGCGGAGCGGCAGGCACCGGGCCCCCGGGCGGGGCGACAGGCACCGUGCCCCCGGGCGGGGCGACAGGCACCGUGCCCCCAGGCGGGGCGACAGGCACCGUGCCCCCAGGCGGGGCGACAGGCACCGUGCCCCCAGGCGGAGCGGCGGGCGCCGGACCCCAGGCGGAGCGACAGGUCUCGGGCCCUCAGGCGGAGGAGCGACAGGUCUCGUGC